CAGAUAUGGCUACAGCUGAAGAGGUAAUGAUGGAACCUACGGUUCAACCUGCCCAGCAGAAUCAAGAUACAGUACCCCAUCUUCUGUCAUGUGCAGAUGACCUGCAUGAGAAGCAUCAAUGUAGCAGAUACUGUGAUAUCAUCUUCAGGUUCCUUGGUUCCAUUGGAAAUGUGAUCAUCAUCAUAGCGUUUGCAUUUCUGUUUAAUGAAGACAAUUUCAAGAUAGCUGAUAAUCUAGCUAUUGGUGGUGCAGCUGUAUCCCUCCUGGCAAAUAUUGGAAAACUACUAACCGAACGCAAGCGGAGACACGACAACAGGAAGUGCAUCAAGAAUGACGUCCUCCCAGUGGUUCCUGUCCGAAGAGUUGCUCUUGAUGAAAUCACACUCAUGGCAUUACAAUCUGAAGAGUCGGCACUGUCGUUUUUGACGACGUACGGUAGAUGCGUCUGUUGCCGAUCUGUGUGCUGCUUGUGUUGUUGUCAAGAGCCUUGUCUCAGGGAUGACCCGCUGGAGCCUCUGUGUACGAUGGAUCCGUGUAGGUGUCUGUGCUGCCAAUGCACAUGUCCAUGUGCACCCUGCCCAAGUUGCUGUCAGUAUUUGUGUUCCUGUCUUGCCUUCGUACCAACGUUUGAAUUCAUGGAGAGUACAUUCAACUUCGUGUAUUCCGUGUGGGUGUUAUGCAGCAAUGUUCGAGCCAUAAGUGAUCGGGUUCAAAAUAAGAAAUCACCCACAUCCUUCAAGCAGCUAAGUUUGGGGAACAAAGUUCUAGAAAGUCUUGAUGUCUCAUUUGCCAUCUUUUCUCUUCUAUUAUCUCUUGUCAUUAUCGUUUGGACUUGUUGUUGUAAGUGUUGUAGAGAAACAAACGAGCGUCCUGUUGUGCAGAUCAGAAAUUUGUCAACAGAACUUAUGCAAUGAUAUCAGAUCUGACUACCGAGUCUGUGGAGGUACAUUGCAUAGAUCAGUAGAUGAGAAUUUAAUACGUUUUACCAAGUAUCAGUAAUUAUGAAUACACAGUGCCACAAGAAUUUAGAAAGUGGUAAAAUGUUUGGGAGUACAUGUUCUAGUACUUUUGUUGGGUUGAGUCAAUCUGGGAUUCGAAUUCACACUCUAAGAGUCAAGCAUCUAAUCUCCAUCACCACUCACUCCUGUGGGUGGCUGACUUUGUGUGCUGGCGAUUAGGUGCCUGAGAAAUGUGGGGAUGGGUUCGAAUUCAGGAUGCGAACCAACCCAACGAAAGUACUAGAAAUAGGUUCUUCGCCUUCACCAGAUGUGUUUAAUGCAGUUUCUUCAUCUACUUCGCCAUCACCAGCUAUGGUGACUGUAGUCAGUGUAUGUGUAUUUCAGUUUCUUCACCUAAAUCAGCUGUAGUUACUACAGUUUGUACUCCUGUACCAGGUGUACUUAUUGCAGCUGAAAAGCAUUUAAGCGUGAGUUAAGUUGCUCAACAUGCAAAGUGAGUGUACUGAUGUUAUUAGAAAUCCAUGUAUAUGUCAAGUAAAUGAAUCCUUAACUGUAGAUCUGAUAUCAGUUGAGCUUGCAUGAUCCUGCUUUCUGUUUUCGCUUUGGCCAAGAGGCCUUUUACUGAAUAAAAAUGUCUCUUGUGUUACGCAUUCCUCACAAUAAAGAUGUAACAAGGACAGAA